AUGUUUGCAUACACGACUUCCCAGUUAAUUAACCUCGUUAAAAAUGAUUUCUUCUCAAUUAUUACUUUAACGAUUGUAAUUUAUGUAAUACAUUAUUACAUCAGUUAUUUUAAUCGAACAUCAAAAGUUCCCGGUCCAUUUCCCUUACCACUUAUUGGAAAUAUACAUCAAAUCGGUGCGGAUUUUCCAGCUGCGACAGAGAGAUUUCAGAAAAAAUAUGGAGAUUUUUAUGAGUUUUAUAUGGGAAAUAAACGUAACAUUGUAAUUAGUAGACCCGAUUUAGUUGAAAAGGUUUGGGGACCUUUGUCGCUUAAAAAUACAAAAUUUAUUAUGCGUAAUGCAUAUUCCGUAGGUAUUGACGAACUUGGAUUGGGCACAAAAGGAAUGGUGCUCAAUCGUAAUAUCGAAAGUUGGUCUCUCAAUAGAAAACUUUUAGUUCCAUCUAUCUCUUCACCAUCAUUCCUACGUGAAUCGAUUAAAUUAUCAAGCAAAGUUAUUAAUGAAAUGUUCGAAUAUUGGAAAAUCAUGGAAAAAGAAGGAAUGCAAGUCGAACUUUCCGACUGGAUGGAUGCUUUAGGAGCUGAUAAUGUUGUUAAAACUGCGACAGGAAAAAAAAUGUCCGCAACAGCGGAAUUAUUUAAUAGUUUGCACGGUAAUGGAAAAAAAUCCAGAAUGCAGGGAACUUGGGAAAAUGGCGUAAAACUUAUUCAAGCGAUUCAUACAUAUAACGAAUCUAUGAUUUUUAUGAUGCUACUUCCAACAUUCUUCCGAAGAAAUUUUCCCGGAAUUAAAGCCUUGAAUAAAAAAUUCUUGGAUAAUAAAGAUUGGAUAAAUAAUGAAUUGGAAAAAAUUGUCGCUGAAAGAAGAAACGAGAUCAAAAAUACACCCUUGGAUCAACCACUCGAACCAAAUAUUUUAACUUUAUUACUUACAACGAAUACAGAAAGAGAUUCGGGAAAAAUCGCAGUUGGUAAACUUGAUAGGUCCUUAACAGAUGAAGAAAUAAGUUCAAUAAUACGUGAAGUGUUUACCGGUGGAUUGGAUACUACAGCAAAUACUUUAUCAUUCAUUGGUUUUUAUAUCGCCAAACAUCGAGAUGUUUACUUGAAAAUGAGAGAGGAAAUAUUAAAUGUUUAUGGCACACUUGAUAAUCCUGAUCUUACAUUUGAAUCUUAUGAAAAACUUAAGUAUAUUGAAGCUGUAAUUUAUGAGGGAAUUCGUAUUUUCCCCACAGUACAAACGAUACCUCGGACCGCAAUCGAAGAUGUUGAAUUUGAUGGGCUUACAAUUAAAGCUGAUACAACAGUUUAUACAGAUUUAAAAGCUUUAAGUAAUAAUCCUAAAUACUUUAAAGAUUCCGAAAACUUCAAUCCUGAUAGAUUCUUGGUUGAUAAAGAAUCGAUGGUCAAAUAUACAUAUUUACCGUUUGGAAAUGGUGUACGCAUAUGUCCUGGUCGUGCAUGGGCCAUAGUACAAAUGAAAACUUUCUUAGUUAAACUUGUUUGUACAUUUGAUAUUGAAUCAACUGAUAAAAAUUCUAGCCCAAAGUAUGUUUAUGCUACUGCAAAGCGACCUGUAGAUAUAAAACUUUAUAUUAAAACUAGGAAAAAUUAA